AUGUCAGAAAGAGGUCCUAUUUCAUUGGAAGAACUAAUAGCAAAGAAGAAGAGUGAAGGAAAGCUGGAAACUCCAAAGUUUUUAUCGAAGAAGGAAAGACAAAAGUUGGCGCUAGAGAGAAGACAGAAUAAAGUAAACCAAAUCCAAAGUAAUAAUGCAUCACAUAGAUUUAAACCGUAUGAUAUUGAAAAAGCUGAAGGCAAGAAGGACUCUUUUGAUGAAAACUUCUCCAAAAACUAUGAAAAGGUACUGGAAAGAGCUCGUACUGGUAACAAAUUCAAUUUUGAAUGGAAAAAUGAUGAUGAUACUUUAAACAACACCGAUUCAAUAGCUUCACAAUAUGCUUCAUAUGACUUAUCUAAACCAAGAAGAGAUGAUAUAGGCUACGCAAAAUCGAAGUCAAAGAAAAACUGGGAUGAUAUUCAUUGGUCAGAAAAACCUUUGGAGAAUAUGAAGGCUAGAGAUUGGAGAAUAUUGAAGGAAGAUUUUGAGAUUAUAACAAGAGGUUCAAAUCUGCCCAAUCCUUUGAGAAAUUGGAAAGAGUCCAAAAUACCCAAUGAGUUGUUAGAUAUCAUUGAAAAAUUGGGCUACAAGGACCCAACGCCAAUUCAAAGAGCAUCAAUACCAAUUUCACUAUCAAAAAAAGAUAUUAUUGGUAUUGCAGAAACUGGUUCUGGUAAGACUUUAGCAUAUUUGAUUCCUAUGCUUUCCAAAUCAUUGAAACUACCAAGAUUGAAUGAAUUCACAAAGACUGAUGGUCCUUAUGGUUUAAUCUUAGUGCCAACAAGAGAAUUGGCUCAACAAAUUGAAACAGAAUUCAAAAAGUUUUCAAAAUAUUUGCCAGAUAUCGAUAUCAUCUCUAUUGUUGGUGGUAAACUGAUUGAAAAAAACAUUUUAGAUUUACAAAAUAGAACGAUCGAGAUCAUCAUUGCAACACCUGGUCGUUUAAUAGAUUGUCUUGAAAGACAUUAUUUGGUGUUGAAUCAAAUAAACUUUUUAGUUCUUGAUGAAAGUGAUAAAAUGAUUGAAAUGAACUUUGGUGAUCAAGUUGCAAAAAUUACAGAAUUUAUGAAUACUAAAAGACAAAACAUGAUGUUUACAGCCACAAUGACAUCUGAUGUUGAAAAAUUAUCAAAGAGUUAUGUUAAUGAUCCAGCUAUUGUGAAUAUUGGUAAUGUUAGUUCCAGUGAAAUGACAAUCAAUGAUAGAAUUGAACAAAGAUUUGAAUUCUUCAAUUCAAAUGAUGAUUCCAAAAAAGCUAAUAAACUUACUAGAAUCUUGUCAAGUGGUCAAUACCCUGCUCCUAUCAUCAUAUUCAUCAACUAUAAAGAAUCUGGUGAAUACCUUUUCAAAAAUCUUACACAAUCGGGGUUCAAAGUUGCUUUGAUUCAUGGUUCAAAGAAUCAAGAGCAAAGAGAAUUUGCUAUCAAGCAGUUGAAGGAAGGAAAAGCUGAUAUUUUGAUAGGUACUAAUGUUGCUAGUCGUGGUAUUGAUAUUCCUAAUGUUUCUUUGGUUGUAAAUUUCCAAAUGAGUAAGAAGAUCGAUGAUUAUAUCCACAGGGUUGGUAGAACUGGUAGAGCUGGCUCAUAUGGUACUUCAAUAACUUUCCUUAGUGAUGAAGCUGAUUCAGAGAUUUAUGGAGACUUGAAAAAAUUGGUGUCAAAGAGUGGGAAUAAAUUACCUGAGGAGUUCAAAAAGAUUAAUGAUAAAGUUCAAAACAUUUUAUAA